AUGGCACUGGUGAAAGAUAAAGUAUGUCUUAGAAGUUCAGGGAUUCCUCCAUUUCGUGGUUGUGUCUGGUCUGAUUGUUCUUGGGGAAUAAAUUCAUCGGCGGUUUCUGAUAGAAACCCUAGAUUGGUUCGUGCCAGCUAUAUCAGAUUAUUCGUUGAGACACCUCCUCAUUCUGGGUGUAUUCCUGGGAGAAAGGUGAGAGAUAGAGAUUUGCUGCCUCACACCAAUCACAUUAAAACCCAGUUUGGAGGCUCUAAGGAUGGGGUGGCAAUGAGCCAGGUUGUUCGUGCCGUCGAUUGUAGUGAUGUUAGCUUGAGACAGUGGUUGGACAACGCUGAACGAUCUGUUGAUGCCCUUGAAUGCUUGCACAUAUUUACACAAAUUGUAGAGAUUGUAAACCUGGCACAUUCACAAGGAAUUGUUGUUCAGAAUGUGCGUCCCUCAUGCUUUGUCAUGUCUUCAUUCAACCAUGUCUCGUUUAUUGAGUCUGCAUCUUGCUCGGAUUCUGGUUCGGAUUCUUGUGAGGAUGGAUCAAACAGCCAAACUGCCGAGUUUAAGGGUUCCUCAUCGCCUUUGCCCCAUGACUUAAAUCUGCCUGAAAGUCAGUUAGGUUUAGAAAAUUCUCAGCUGGAGUUGAAUCCAGCAAACACUUCCCAGAUAGUGUCAGAAACCAGUUGUUUGCAGUCAAGUUCAGCCAGUGCAAUGCGUGUGUCGUGGGAGGCCAGUAAUGUUGAACAAGCAGAUGAAAAGAAGCAUCCCUUUCCAAUGAAAGAGAUAUUGAUUAUAGAAACCAAUUGGUACACGAGUCCAGAAGAGGUUGCUGGAACUCCAGGUUCUUGUGCUUCUGAUAUUUAUCGACUCGGCAUCCUCCUUUUUGAGUUAUUCUGCUCAUUUAGCUCGGCAGAAGAUAAGAGGACAACCAUGGCUAGUUUGAGACAUCGUGUACUUCCUCCUCAGUUGCUACUGAAGUGGCCUAAGGAAGCUUCAUUUUGUUUGUGGUUACUACACCCUGAGCCAAGUAGUCGCCCAAAAUUGGAGUGA